AUGAACACCAAGUACACAGCCCUUCUAGUAUCCCUCGCUGCAGUCGCCUCUGCGCAGACCCAGGAGGAAAUCACGCAGCUGAACGUCAUCCUGAACGAUGUCAGGGACAACCUGAGCGAGUACAUGGCGCUGCUGAACGACCCCUCCUCCGGGUUCUCCGUCGCCUCGAUGCCCCAGGGCGUCUUGCAGAUCGGCGGCGCCCUCGCCACCGCGACCAACAGCGCGUUCACCUCGAUGUACUCCGACGUCGACUUCGCAGGCCUGUCCUCCUUCCUGCCAAGACUGCCAAGGUACUCUUCCAGACUGGAGCCAGCCCUGAGAGCAGCCGACGCUCCCCUGGGCGGGUCGGCCUCGAACUCCACGGUGUCCGCUUUGAACUCCACCUCCAUCGCCGCAGACAACGGCUCCAACUCCUCCGCGCCCGUCUCCUCCGUCUCCGCCUCAAGAAACUCCACCGCCUCCAGCGUCUCCAUCACCUCGAGAACCGCGGCGGCCGAGGGGAACAGCACGGUCGCAGGCGGCGCAGCGGGCCGUGCCAGCGAGACAGAGAGCGAGAGAUCCUCCUCCCGUAGGUCCUCCUCAAGGACCUCCUCCGCAAGCGCAAGAACCACAGCAAGAGCAGGCGAGACCAACGGGACUGCCAACGUCUCGAACGAAACCUCCUCGAGAUCCUCCUCGAGAUCCUCCAGAGCAGGCGCGAACGUCGCGAAGGCUGCCACGGGGAUCAGCGCAGGCGCUCUAGCGGCAGCCGUCGCCAUGUUGUUGUAG